GGUCUAGCAAGUGACAAGAGUGACACUUUAUUUCUAAAAGUAAACUGGCAUUCUGAGACCUCUGCCUUUACUUACCUGUUUCCACCCGGAAAAUAAUAUUGGAGACACAAAAUGGCGACCUCCUUGCUUCGGUUAGGACGACUGGGUUCUCUCAAGUGUCUCCAGUUGGAGAGCUGGGGCGUCUUGAGGAGGGGCUCUGCGGCGUCACUCUGCACACAGGCAGGAGAGCCCACAAAGCCAGCCAAGAAGACAAAGGCUGCGAGCAAGACAUUAGAGGCUCCAGAUGACAGAGCGUCCCUGCUAGCCUACAAGACCGCAGUUGCCUUCCCAGUUAGGCUUUCACACCCUGGACUUUCCCAGGCACAAGCUCUAGGUGAAACUGAACCAGUGGCUAGCCCUGCUGUUGCUGCAGAAUCAAUCGCAGCUGCAGCAGUGCCAGCCGCCACAGGAACUGCCGCUGAGGAAACUAGUGCUGCCGCAGCCCCUUCAGCUGUUGAAUCAACACCUGCUGCUGUUGAGAGUGCUGCUGAAAAUGCACCUCCUGUUGCAGAGGAGGCUGUCUUAUCAGAGGCAGCAGCUCCACUCGCUGCAGCCAGUGAAGCAAUCACCGCAGAGCCAGUAGAGACACCAGCUGCCAUCUCAGAUUCAGCACCCAUAACUGACACAGCUCCACCUGUAGUUGAUGUAGCUCCUUCACCUGAGCCAGUUGUCGCCACAAGUGCUGAAACACCUGUGUCAGAUAACACUCCAGCUGCAGCCACCACCACCACUGCUGCCUCCUCUGAACCUGAUGCUCCAGCAGAUGCUUCAUCCACAUCAUCCAGCGACUCUGACUCCGACUCCGAUUCCGAAUCCGACUCUGACUCAGACUCCGAGGAUGACAAAUCCGAAGCUAAGACGAAGACUCAAGCUGAGACGCCAGCUGCCCAGGUGACAGAAGCCUCGGUGAAGGAAGACGCUGCAAUGCAGGCUACCGCAUCAGAAAUGAAGGAAGAGAUUUGUGAUGCUGAGAGAGAGGUUGCAGAAGCUACUCUUGCCUCCACUGCUGAAUCUGUGCAGGAGGCCAUUCCAGCUGCAGGGCCCACUGAACAAGCUGAAGGUAUCACAGAGGCUACUGCAGAUUCAGCCUCCAGUGUUAGCUCUGAGGAGUUAGCAGACCCUGCCCCUGAGAUCUCUGCUGAGGAGCCCAGUGUGACCACCCCAGAAGUUGCAGCUGAGGCUGUGGUGGAGGCCACUCCAGAAAUAGUUGCAGAGGCUGCAUCUCCUGCUGCCCCAGAUGUGCAAGUAGAAUCUCCAGUCGAAGCUGCAGCCGAGGCUGUUGAGGCUACACCUGUCCUUGAACCUGAAACUAAUGCCGAGGUUCAAGUCCAGACUGAGACUCCAGUUGAAACUCCUCCAGAGCCUGCCCUGGAAGCCUCUGCUACAGAAGCUGUUCCUGAGAGUGCUCCUGCUGAAGCCCCUGCUGAAGUUGUAGAGCCUGUGGCUGAAGCUGCUCCCGCGGAAGCCCCUGCUGAAGUUGUAGAGCCUGUGGCUGAAGCUGCUCCUGCUGAAGCCCCUGUUGAAGUUGUUGUGGAGCCUGUGGCCGAAGCUGCUCCUGCAGAAGCCGCAGCAGAGCCGGUGUCUGAAGUGGCUGCUGAGGCUAAAGCUGAAGCGGCUGCCCCUGUGGAGAGCGCUGAGGAGCUGGUAGACCCUGCUCCAGUUGUAGCUGAAGCUGCAGGAGAGGAGCUGCAGGCAGAAGCCCCAGCUGAACCUGAGCCGGUUGAACCGUCUGAGGAGGCUGCAGCAGCGGCACCUCCAGAGCCUGAGGAGCCUUUUGACAACAGCACUUACAAGAACUACCAGCACCACAGCUACAACCCCUACACAUUCUCAGACCUGGAUCUAGAGAUGGCCAAACACCGUCUGCCUCAACCUUCUUCUGGCAGACCCUCACCCCGACACUAGGAGAGCUGGCCUGAGUUGUUGAAGCUGAUUCUCAGAAUCUCAGAAACCUUUGUCUUUCAGGAUGAUGGAGAUGAUGUCCCGUCUAUUGUGUGUUUAUCUCGCACCCCUCCGAUUUGCAUGAAAUUGUGCUGUCAUAUAAAAGUUAUAUUAUUAAAGUACACAAAUGAUAACUGA